AUGUGCAAUAUUAGGAUUAAGGGUAAAUUUAAGAAUAUUUCCAUUGUAACUUUUUAUGCACCUACUGAAGAUAAGGACGAAGAGGAGAAAGAUGACUUCUAUGAAAUGAUGGAGCAAGUGGUAGACAAGUUACCAAAUUACGAUAUGAAAAUUAUAAUGGGAGAUGCAAAUGCGAAAAUAGGAAAAGAACCUAUAUGGAGAGAAGUCGCAGGUAAAGAGAGCCUACAUGAUAUAACAAGUAGUAAUGGAGUAAGAUUAUGCAGCUUUGCAAUGGCAAAAGACCUCAGAAUUAUGAGUACGUCCUUUCAAAGGAAGAAUAUACAUAAAGAGACUUGGAUGUCUCCUGAUGGGAGAACCAGAAAUCAAAUCGAUCAUGUGCUAGUAGAUAAUAGAAACAAGAGUAGUGUGUCAAAUAUUAGGAGUAUUAGAGAAGCUGAAUGUGGAUCAGACCAUCAUUUAAUACUUGUCAAACUCACUCAAAGAAUAUCACUGGAGAUAAACCACAGCAAACAAGUUACAGAAGUUUUAGCAGUAGAAAAACUAAAAAAGCAAACCACAUUAGUUAAAGAAUUUAGGAUCAAACUACAUAACCGAUUCCAAGUUCUAGGUGACACGGAAGAAACAGAGAUUAUGGAAGACAUAGAAAAUAAAUGGGAAACGUUCAGAAACAGUAUACUUAACACAGCAAAAGAAGUUUGUGGUAAAAAGAAGAGAGCAAGGAAGAAUCCAUGGUUUGAUGGAGAAUGUGAGCAAGCUAUACUGGAAAGAAGCGAGAGGAAAAAGAAGUGGUUGAACAGUAAGUCUAACGAAGAUAGAGAAGAAUAUUUUAGAGUAAACAAAGAAACCACAAGAACCCUGCGUAAGAAAAAGAGAGAGUACUUGAAGGGAUUACUAGAAAAAGCAGAAAGAGAUCAGAGUGCACAAAAUGCCAGAGACUUUUUUAAAUGUGUUAGGCACUUCAGAAGUGGAUAUACAGCAAAUGCAUUUGGCAUUAAGGACAAAGAGGGCAAUAUUUUAGUACAGAAACAGGAAGUGACCAACAGAUGGAGAGAGCACUUUGAGGAGUUACUAAAUGGGGAAGAAAUUGACAAUAAUGAAGAAAUCCCCAUAUACCAUGAUGUACAACCUCUUGUUGAGAAUCCAAGUAUUGAAGAAGUAGAACAAGCAUUAAAUUCCUUAAAGGAUAACAAAUCUCCUGGAGAAGAUGCACACGUGAAAGCAAGGAGAAUAAGGUGGGCAGGACACGCACUACGGAGAGAACGAGGUUCACUACUAAAAGAAGCAAGUAUAGGAAAGCCAGAAGGGAAACGACCAUUAGGAAGGCCCAAGAAGAGAUGGUGGGAUAGUGUUUCCAGGGACGUCAGAGAAGUGGGGGCAGAAGUGGAAGAGGCAGAAGAUCGAGAGAGAUGGAAAGCAGUUGUUGGUGCGGUCAAAUCCCGCCUUGGGCAUAAAUGGCCAUGGGAGCGAGCGAGCGUGUUGAUUUUCAAGUUUUACUCCUGUAAAUAG